UUUCAUUACACACAUUUUUCUUGUUGCGUGCAGUCGUUGUGCAUUUCGUAUCGGACGUUUAGCGGUAAAAAUAACGGAUAUUGUUUAUUAUUGGAAAACAAAACAUUUAAUUUAACAAAAAAUACAUAGCCUUGCUAUAGUGAUUGAACUAGUUUCGAAGUGAUAAGUGUAAUUUACAGAAAUGCGUUUCUGAAAAUAGAGAAAAACUUGAAAUUGCCUACCCGCCCACACUUGCGCGAAAACUGAAACUCGUCGAAUUGUCCUUUGCGCGUAUUUGUAUUUUUAAACAUUUUCUGUAUCCUUGAUAUCCCAUCGUUGUCGAAAAUCAAAGAAUUUUAAGUAUUUGUCGGUGUUAUUGUGCCUGUUUUCUCUGUUAUCCUUUUUACGUCGUCAUUCGUCCUCGAACGUGAUAAGGGUGUGUAUUUGAUGACCUACCCGCUGUAAAAGAAUUGGAAGGAAAAUAUUAAAACAAACAAGCAAAACACUUGUGUACACCUGCAACUGCAUUGAGCCGUUAAAGUGCAUAAGGCAUAGCGAAUAAGGAUAUACGCCCUGUUUUGCACAAGUGAACAUUUGAUAGUUUUCUUUGCACAACUUAUACAUAUAGUGAAAAAAUGUCGGUCUCAUCGAAUGCAUCAUCUGCAUCCUCGUCAGUAACCGGUGUGCCCAUCAGCAAUGGCAGUGGCAACCGACCUUCGCUGGGACGUCCGGGUAGCUGCGAUUCCUCAGCAGGCAGUGAUUCAUCAGAAUUAACACACAUUUUGAAUCGCAGACAAGUAAUUAUGGAUUCACAAGAGGCUGGCAUUGAAGUGGCACAUCAAUUCAAAGUGGUUAAUGUCUACACGGAAUUCCAUGAAUUCUCCAGAAAACAAAUCAAAGAUUAUCAGAAAACAUUUAACAAAUAUGACGUCGGUCAUGAUGGCUACCUAGAUUUGACUGAAUUGAAAUUCAUGAUGGAAAAAUUGGGCGCACCACAAACUCACUUGGGUCUCAAGCAAAUGAUUGCCGAAGUCGAUGAGGAUCACGAUGGUAAAAUUUCAUUCCGUGAAUUCCUGCUAAUCUAUCGCAAGGCGCAAGCCGGAGAACUCGACAACGAUUCGGGUCUCAAUCAGCUAGCACGACUCACCGAAAUCAAUGUAGAGGAGGUGGGUGUUACCGGCGCGAAAAAUUUCUUCGAAGCUAAAAUUGAACAACAACUGCGUUCGAAUAAAUUUCACGAUGAGAUACGACAGGAGCAGGAAGAGCGACGUCGCGAAGAAGAAGAGCGCGCCAAUAGGCGUUUGCAAUUUCAACAGCGUGCAGCGAUCUUUCAGUAAAACAAAAAACAAUAAAUCGAUUGAUUGCGCGUAGUACGUUUUGGCGGGGAACGGAAGGGGAAAGUUUUUAGAAAACAUUUAAGAUUUAUCAUCAACAAUUUGUAGAUUUGUAAGCAAGCACAUCAUUUAAGAACAUUAGCAGCAACGUAUGUACGACGGAAGAUGGAAAUGUGUUUUAGAAUCAUAGCAAACAAAUGAAAACUAAAAGAAAGAAAACACGCGAAGGAAGUUGUAUACGAAGAGAAGAGAAUCACUCACACACAUCGCAUAUCGCAUAAAUAUUUUAUAAGCAUCAAUUACUAAAAAAUACUAUUAAUAAUUUUACGCAAAGCAAGCUUACAAGAAAAACCCGAAAUAAUUAAUUAAUUAGGGUAUUCCCUUAAACUCGUAAAAAUUGGAAACUCGAAAUGCGAAAGUAAAUAAUAUAGAAAGUUCGAGUCUUUUGCGCCAAUUUUCAGGGAAUAACCCUAACAAUAUAACAUAAGUAAAUAUUAAAGUGCAUAACUACUUUUCUCUACGCAAGUAUUGAUACCAAAUUGUGUGCGCAUACAUAUACAAACUAUAUACAUACGAAAAGCGCCUGUUAGUUUUAAAUCCCCACCAACCAUUUAAAUAGUAGCGUUUGCACCAAAUUUAAUUGCUUUGCUUAGGGUGGUGUAAGGUAUAAAGCCUAAAAGUAGACUAUAGCAAUGCUUACCCUAUAAACGUGAAGAGGUUCGUACUCGUAUCAAUUCACUUUCGAAAUUUUUAAUUUACAACUUUAUUGAAAAAAGCCAGACUAAAGCAAAUUAGCGUAGUGGUGAGCUUUUACCACUUUGACGAGCACCAAAGAGCUGAACUACUCGCAAAAAAUUCAAAGUGUUUUUUGAAAUUCGGUGAUGUUUUUCUAUGUUUUUUUUUUAUUCAGUGAAUUUGUUCGUUCGUGCGCAUGGUUGCAUUUUCUCCAUUUAAAAAGUCGACAACGAGAGCAUAUUUAAAUACAUUUUAAAUAUUUGUGUUGAAAAAAAUUCGAAAAUUUUCUAAUUCUAAUAAUUGUCAGAAAUAAAUACUCGCGACUUUUAUGUCUCAAUUCGCGAGUAAAAAAGGAAAUAAAUAAAAACUGUUUAAAAAUUCGAAGACUCGCGACUU